AUGGCAGAAAAACAAAGGGAAGAUGGCUUGGAAGAGGGACAACAGGUGCUUCCAGGUUUUAAGCCAUGCAUACAGGAAGACGCCACCCGUGUUCGGCCGCAGACUGCUGUUGGCAGCCAGUCUCCCAGGCCCAGCAGCCGGGCUGAAAGCUUAAUUCUCCGACGAGGACAGUUGUCGUCCAACUUCAGCAGAAGCAUGAACAGGUCAAGCAGGCGUUCGGGGAACUGGGCAACGGGGGUGGACAUAGCCAGACUAUCAAUGGGUUAUGGUAGCACGAGAAGGAAGGGACUGAAGGAUAUGAUCUUCCAAAGCAGCCAGGCCAAACCCAUGUGGGUGACAGCUUCCCAUCAGGAGAGCAUUGUGCUGGACACCCAACCAGAUCAGGAACCUCUCAUGGAUGGGAACACUGAUGACUUGUCCUUAGCUCUGGAUCCAGUGGAGCACGAGUGGAUGUUGACUGUAGCCCAAGGAGAUGUAGAGAGCAUCCUCAACUUACUGGCCAAGGACCCCAGCCUUCUCUCCAGGAGAGACUUUGUGACAGGCUUCUCUGUCCUCCACUGGUUGGCCAAACAUGGCCGCCAUGAAGACUUGAUUGAGGUGAUUUCUUUUGCGGAAAGGAAUUGCUACCCAUUUGAUGUCAACAUGCCCUCAGCCAGUGGCAGACUAACCCCUUUGCACCUAGCCGCCCUCCAAGGCCAUGAGAUGGUCAUCAAAGUGCUGGUGGGAGCCUACGGAGCCAAUACAAGCCUUCGGGACCACAACGGCCGCAAGGCGUGGCAGUACCUCCGAGAAGAUGCUUCCAGAGAGUUAAAGGAGCUCUCGGGGGCUUGCGAGGAAGACCUGGCCCAGCUAGGAACUGGAAACGCCAACAACAACUGUGCUCCAUCAGCGCGAGGUGGAAUCGGCAUGUUCAAGGGGGACAGCAAGGAAGCCAGGGGCAGAGGACACAGCCAGAGGGCCACGCCCAGACUGUCUUAUUUCAGGAACAAGUUCAGACAAGCCAUUGCAUUCUUUCAAGAGCGUUAG